AUGAAGGUGCAUCAUAAUGAAGCGAUAAAUACUAGGGCGUACCCCGGAAGCGACGGUCAGAGUUCCAGAGCGAAGCCUGCUAAAUAUGCUAUGGCGUCCCCCCAAAGCGGCGAAUCAAAACGCUCCGCUACUUAUAUGCGUAUAGCGACAUGGAACAUUGGUUCACUGACCGGACGCAGUCAAGAACUGGCUGAGAUACACAGGCGUAGUAUAAAUAUAUGCUGCAUCCAAGAAAUUAAAUGGAAAGGUUCUAAAUCGUGGAAAAGAUAUCUUAGACCUCGCUAU